GAUGGACAGCAUGUUGUGUUAUACCAGGAGAAUGCACCGCCUGCUGACAAAGAAUAUGAUGAAGAGGAGGACUCUCAAAAUGUCUGUGUGUCAUGGAGGACUGAGCUGGAGAGCGACAGCUACGCUCAGGAUAAUACUCUUGCUGACACUCGUCCUCUGAUUCAAUACAGAAGCGACGAGACUGACGCCAACACUCAGGCAUCACAUGUGGAGGAGAGUGAGUCCAGUGAAGGUGACCAGGAAAAGAAGAUCGGGGAGAUGGGAAGUGGAACGUGGAAUGAAGGCAAGUCAAAAAGAUUUGGAACUAUGGAGGAUCUCUGCGAAGAAGUUGAAGGGGAAGUAUUGGAUGAGGACUAUGACCUGGGAUAUACCCAUACUGAAGACAGGGAUGUUGGCCAUAGUAUGACUAUAAGUGAGCGUGCUACGCCGGUGAAUGAUACAGACGAUUCAGAAGAAAUUAUCAAGAAAGUCACUGAGGGAUAUUCGGAUGAAGAAACUGAAAAAUGCACCAAACCAAUGGUAGCCACAAAUGUAGACUACGAUGAGGAGUUAGAGAUAGACAGACUUGUGGAGCAGGAGUUAGAAAAUCUAUCCACUGACAUCUAUAGUGCUCACUUUGCACAGCAUCAGGGCAGUGAGAGCGAGGAGAUGCCACAUCUGCAGGGCACAUCCGUCGAGAAAGUGACAAGUCAAACAGAUGACAUGUCUUUCUGUGCGGAGUAUGGCGUGCGGGUAAACAGGAAUACUGUAUCUUCCACUACAAUUAUAGAUCAGCCUUGUGAGAGCCUAUAUUUCAGUGAUUCAUCAGUGGUAGUGCCUCAAACAGACACAGUUGCUGAUGAGGAGGCCGAACAUAAAGAUCAAGAAGCUACGGCUGCUCCAGAGAAAAAAGAGGAAGAGGAUGAAAACAAUGCGUCCAUGGUAACACAGACUGAUGUAACAGAAGAUUGGUCUGGCUUUAGUGACUUAAUCAGCAGGCCUGAUACGAAGGAAAUCGACAGCUUAGAAGACCCAAAGUCUGCGCCACAGGAAAAUGUGCAGGGUGUGGCUGCCCCCACUGAGGUGAAAGAAGUUGUGCCUGUAGAAGUGUCCGACUCCCAAGAACAUCUAACUGAGGAUGUUGUAGGCUGUCAGUCGUUUCCUGAUGUUCUAGAAACAGCUGAAUGGGAAACCCUGGAGAACCCCAGUGAGGACUUUGAAAAUAUAGAUCAGAAUGACCAUGAUCAAAAAUUUGAUAAUAUUGCUGACUCAGCUGAAAGUUACCUCCAUGAUGACGGAGGCCUUGAUGAGGGCAUUGACACACGUAAAGAGGAGCCCCUUGUGAUUUCCCCCAACAGUGUACCGGAUGAAAACGAUAUCUUUCUGGUGAUGGACUCAGCAGAAUUAUCAAACACAAAUGGCAAAGAAAACAUCCUCCAUGGUGUUUUCAGCUCUGGUACAAAGAAUGACUUCCUGCUGUCCUCCUUAGAGACCGGUGCCACCUAUCAACCAGAUGUUGCAGCUGCACAAAUCAAUCAGAAUCUAGGGUUCGGUGACAACCUAGUCUGGGGGAAUUCGGACAGUCCGAAUGUGAAUAACGGGAACUCCAGGGGGGAUAUUGACUCUUCUAAAGCCCUGGCUGCUAAAAAAGAUCAGGAACAGAUGCAUUCUGAGGUGAAGCAGGUGUUGUGUAGAAAUGUUGCUGACGUGGAGUCGGUCCAUUCUGAGGAAUCUGAAGUUGAGGGUGAAUUCUGGUCAUCUGGGGAGGACACGGUAUAAAAAGCAGCGAGGAGUUUGAGUUAAACCACUUUUAGACCUGAUCGGCGUUAGUCAGAGGAAAAUUAUUUUUUUCUGUACAAUGCAUUUACUAUGAAAACCAAAGUUGUGCCUUGGUGCGCACCUCAGUGGCGCUAAACACCAAUGUGCCAGUUCUAUCUAUAAAGAUACUGAGCUCUUGCCUUGUUUCCUUACACUGACAUAUUUGACUAACCGUUUUUGUCUUCUUCAAAAUC